GCUAACCAAAGAGCCCACAAGGAUUCAUUUACGCAUUUCAUCAAACACCUUGGUUGCAAUGGUGGGGGGCCAUGCCAACACCACCACCAGCACCAAUGGCCGCACCAUCAAGCUUCUCGAGAUCCUCAACGUUCGGGUCGUUGGCAAUGGCGACCGCUUCCUCAUCCUUUCCCAUGGAUUCGGCACCGACCAAUCCGCAUGGCAACGCAUCCUCCCCUUUCUCACCCGCGACUACAAAGUCAUUCUCUACGACCUCGUCUGCGCCGGCAGCGUCAACCCCGACCACUUCCACUUCGAUCGCUACACCACCCUCGACGCCUUCGUCGACGAUCUCCUCGCCAUCCUCGAUGCUCUCCGUAUCCACCGCUGCGCCUUUAUUGGUCAUUCCUUCUCUGCCAUGAUCGGCAUCCUCGCCGCCAUCCGCCGCCCUGAACUUUUCUCUAAGCUCAUCCUCGUCGGCGCCUCCCCAAGGUUCCUCAACGACGGGGACUAUCACGGGGGAUUCAAUAGGGAGGAGAUCGAGAGAGUGCUCGCGGCGAUGAAGGCGAACUACGAGGCGUGGGCGAUGGGGUACGCACCGCUCGCGGUGGGUAGCGAUGUGCCGGCGGUGGUGCGGGAGUUCAGCCGGACGUUGUUCAACAUGAGGCCGGACAUCUCGUUGUUCGUCGCGCGUACGGUGUUCAAUAGCGAUCUGCGUGGCGUGCUGGAGCUGGUGUGCACGCCGUGCGUCAUCGUGCAGACGGCGAGGGACGUGUCGGUGCCGAUGUCGGUGGCGGCUUACCUCCGGGACCAUCUCGGUGGCCGGAGCACCGUCGAGAUCCUCCCGACCGAAGGGCAUCUCCCGCACCUGAGCGCGCCGCAGCUGCUCGGCCCCGUCCUACGCCGUGCGCUGACGCGGUGACUCACCGGGGGGGUGAUGAUAGUCGGUCAGCUUGGCUGAUGACACGUGGACAAUAAGAUAUGGAAACCCGGGGUGAUGAUCGCGAGGUGAUGUGGUCCAUCGUCCAUGCGCGAUGUGACCAUCCCCGUCCACGUGGAAGUCACGUGAUGCCAACUUUGUCUUUAUCUUCUUUCUUUUC